AAUUAUCAGUAAAAACCCUAACUACUGUGCCUCGACGAACUUCUCUGAUUUCCCGUUUCCGUUCAUCUCCGACUCUGUCCCUUCUUCCUCCAUUAUUUAGUUUAAUUGAAAAUGACAGCUCCUUGCUUACCGCAACAUUAAUGGCAUGGCUGAUGCGCUAACUGACCCCUCUGACCACAGAAACUUCGUCGAUUGGUCAUCUUCUAAGAUUCCAAAACAAUCAACCGCACUGACUGUUAUUCAUGCGGUUGAACAAUCAGAAUCUCUAUGUGUUGACCCUAUUGUAUAUGGCUCCCUCAAUCCAGAGGUCUUUGAUUGGGAUGAUGAAGUCAAAGACAAGAAGGUUGACUACUUGCUUGAGAAAGUCAGAACAGGCUAUCGGUUCAGCAAGCUUGAGUGGCCCGGUGGUGAUUGUUCAGCUAAGUUAAUUAGAGUUGUUAAGAAGAAGUGUAGUAUUGUGAAGAAGAAACACGUUAAGCCCCGCAGCAAAAAGCACAACCUUUCCGUUGAAAAAAAUCCGUCGUCAUUGAAGAGAAGGAGAUCAGCCCGUAAUUCUGAACGUUUUGAACCUUUAUCGCGUGAUGAUUUGGUUGCACGCGUUGAAUGUCUUGAGUCUGAAUUGGUCCAGAUCAAAACUUCUUUUGAUCUUCAGGUACAACGGUUGUCCUCUCAUGCUGACAAGCUUGAGAAAAAGUUUAAAUCAAUGAAACAACAAAGGCAUCGCAAGAAGUCAUUUCGACCAAUCUCAUCUAGAAAGGUAUUACGCCAAACCUUCCUCCCCUACUCCAAACACACAGCACAUAAUGCCACCGCUCCUGUCGCUCCCUCUGAUGGGGGUCUUACUGGGUCUGGCCAGUUGGGCAAUCUGAAAAUGUGUUUGGCCCAAUCUGCUGCGACUGGAGUUGUUAAUUCUAUUGGUGCUGAGUUAGGAUUUGGCAAUUUCGCAUCUGGAAAGCUUCAAUCUGCUGCUUUUUCUGGAGUUGAUAAUUCUAUUGCUGUUGAGUUAGGAAUUGGCAAUGCCGCAUCUGGAAAGGGCAAGUCUCAUAACGAUACUAGUGGUGAUGAGUCUGGAGAUAAGACUCUGGGAGACACUGACGCAGAGUCAUCUGCUGAGGACUCGUCAGCGUCUGAUGAAGGGCAGUUGAGGUCCCAGCCUGAUGAUCCUCCUAAACCUGCCCCUGCUGCAGAACCUAAUGGCAAGUCUGAUCACGAUACUAUUGGUGAUGAGUCUGGAGAUAAGACUCUGGGAGACACUGACUCAGAGUCAUCUGCUGAGGACUCGUCUGCGUCUGAUGAAGGGCAGUUGAGGUCCCAGCCUCAUGAUCCUGCUAAACCUGCCCCUGCUGCAGAACCAAAUGGGCAUGGCCAACCUCAAAAUGAAGAUGAUGCUCCUAUGGACAUUGAUAACACAACCACCAGUGGUUUGGACAUCGUUGUAGACAAUGCAUGUAAACCACACACCAGCCACGCAGACAUGGACAUUAACCCCCCCCAAUCGAUUGUCUCACUAGGAUCUACUCCAAAUGUUCACGAAGAGGAUCCAGUGGUCAGUGGUGGUGUACUAGGUCCUGUAGUGAAUAACGAGAAUAUCCAAUGUCAUGGUCAAGGAGACACGGUUCAGGCCAACAUAGAGGGCCAUAUCAGUGAUACAUUCUGUCCCCCUGAUGGGUUCACUGAUAAAGAUGUAUUUGAAACCCCUUUUGCGCAACAACUCGCAGUCUGGAACCCAUCUACAUUUUUUUCAUCUAUCCUGAACUAUACUGUUCCCAAUCAACCAUAUCUAUCUGCCUCUUGUACCAAUAAGCAAACAGAAGAUGCUGUCUCAGGCUUCUCAACAUUCAACGCCCAGCCUACUUCGGAGUUAGACAUAUCCCUCCCCAUAUUUGACACAUCCUCUAAACCGCAGAAGGAAGGAAGAGAAGAGCUCCCUAUUUAUGACACAGCCACAAAAUCUUCUGCUUUUCAACUUUCAUUCUGUUCAGCUCAGCAUGAGAUUAGAAGGCCAGAAGUUGAUGUCAAAUCUCCUGCCGAGAUGGAUAAUUUGGAUGGAGAUCAAGAUUCAGCCGAAGUUGCCUGCGCAGUGGAUGUCCUGGAGUUGAGUGACUCAUCUCCAGCUAGGAAGAGGGAGUUCCCCAUUCUCUCUUCUCAAGAGUCCCAGAUGGUUGGCAUGCUUUUGAGAAGGAUAAAUCUUGACGCCCUACCAAUUAUACCGGAUUUUGACCAAUCUCUAUUUGAUGCUUUUUACACCACCCUGAAAUAUACCCUGAAACGUAUGGAACACCUUACUGCGUGUGGAUAUGUCAUCUCCAACAAGGCCUUCCUCACUCUGGCUGAGCCACAGAAAUGGGUCACUCACCUUCACAUUGAACUACUACUCAAUCUCAUCUCUCGUAGUUAUUCCCACACCCUGGCGAGAGAGCGUUCUGCUGUUGUGCUCCCUUGGUUUGCAAAUGCUUUGCAGGGAAAGUAUAGGGCGUUUAAGGCUGCCAAGGCUAAAAACAGACUAGUUUGGCCAGAUCAAAUUAAGCGUUUUUUGAAGACACCUCAUGGUGAAUGGUUUGACGACAUUGACACAAUAUAUGUCCCUAUGAUUUGGGAAGAUGAGCAUUGGGUAGGCCUAGUCAUCCAUCUUGGUAUGUGGUUGGUUGAGAUUCUGGACCCCAAUAUUGGUCUCUACUGCGACCGGAAGGUUAAAAAUUUCAUUGCACCAGUGGUUGAGCAGUUACCAUAUAUCAUCCGGAGAUUCUGUAAACCACAACCUUCCCAGAAUCAUGGCCUUGAACCCUUUUUAUGGCAACGUCUAACUGGCAUCUACGAGAACAAAAGGUCUGGCGACUGUGGUCCCUUAGCAAUUAAGCUUCUUGAGAUGCAUUGCCAUGGCGGCAUGUCUGAGGUUGUCCAGAAGUUAGAUGACAAUCUUGUUGACAUCAUCAGGAAACAAUAUGCCAUGGACGUCUAUGCUGCAUUUGUUGCGCCCUUAUAUAGUAAGGGCUCAGGUUAACCCAACCAGUGCCUCAUAAUACACUGGCUUUCAUCUU